AUUCUGUCUUUGUUGCGAAACCGGUCACCAUUUAUAAACGAGUCGGCGCAGUAAAUAAAGACGUGUGUGAGAGAUUUCAUUCAUAAUGGCAAUAAUUUUAGCAAAAAAAAAUCUUCGUGAGUCAAUAAAAAAUAUUUUAAAAACCAUUGACAAACAAGAAAAAAUAAUACAAGGGGAAAAAGUUUUUCAAAAAUUGACUUCUCUGCCUCAGUAUAAUGAAGGUAAAAGAGUUUCUCUCUUUUUGAGUACCGAUGAUGAAAUAGAUACAAAACAAAUACUAAAAGAUCUUUUUGAAAAACAAAAAGAAGUAUUCGUUCCCCGAUAUGGAGGUUCAAAAAUGCAAAUGGUUAAAUUGCAUUCAAUGAGUGAUUACGAAAAAUUACCCCUUACAAGUUGGAAUAUUAAACAACCUCAUAAAAAUGACAUAAGAGAAGAUGCCCUUGAAACUGGAGGGUUAGAUUUGAUAAUUAUUCCCGGAGUCGCAUUUAGUCGUGAAGGUAAACGUUUAGGUCACGGUGGAGGAUAUUAUGAUGUUUAUUUAAGAAAUAUUACGAAAAUACAAGAACGAAAGCCACAUUUGAUUGCAGUGGCUUUUAAUGAACAGAUUUGCGAGGAAAUUCCUACUAAUGAAACCGAUUAUAAUGUUGAUUUAGUUCUUACUGCAAAUUAAUUCCAGUAACAGAAGAGACUGGAUAUUUCUAGAACUACGUUCAUAUAAAUAUAUUUUUAUACUUUCAUACCAUAUUUAAUAAUUUUAUAUAAUUGAUCGAAUUAAUGUAAUAAGGAAAAAAUGUUUUUUUAAAAAUAAAAUUGUUAUCAGAGAAAAAAUAAAAAUACUUACCACUGA